GGGGCACAAUUUGUAAAUAUAAAUUUUACAAGCGAAACCUCAAAAACCCUAACUCAAAACCCUAAUGGCGAAAACCCCGUCGAUCUCCUCCGAAGCGGAGCCGGCCACCAACGAGCCCGAUCCUCGCAUCCCAACCAACAGCAAAGACGAGGGCGUUGAAUCCAGCGACGGAGAUGACGAUGAAGGCAAUGAAUCCGGCGACGGCGACGGCGACGGCGAAGACGAGAGCGGAGAAUCCAGCGACGAUGAAGAGGAAGAGAAACCCGAAUCCGACAGCAAGAAGCUCAAUCCCUCCACCUCCGCUGCAAUCCCAUCCGAAGCCCCAGCAGAAUCCGACGAAUCCGAGUCCGAAUCUGAAUCCGAACCCGAACCCGACAACAAGAAGCUUGACCCCUCCACCUCUACUCCAGUCCCAUCCAAAGCUCCAGCUGAGUCCGAUGAAUCCGAGUCGGAGUCCGAAUCCGAAUCGGACUCCGAGGCGGCCAAGCUUGUUACCCCCAUUAGCUCCAAGCCCAUGCCCGAGAUCCGAUCCACCGUCUCCAAAUCCCCUGUUGUCGAGAAAUCAAACGGCGGCAAGCCCUUAUUCCAGAGAAUCUGGAGCUUGGACGACGAGAUCGCCAUCCUCAAAGCCCUCCUCCAGUUCGAGGCCCAACAUGGGCCCGUAAAGCUUAAGGCCUCAGCUAUAGGAGAAUUCCAUGCCUUGGUUAAGGGUUCUUUGAGCCUGGAGGUUAGUGAUUCACAGCUUGUUGAGAAGAUAAGGCGGCUGAAGAAGAAGUACUCAGGCUUGGAUGCCCGCGAAAAGAAAAGCAAGAAGGCGCUCAAAUUUGCAAAGGUUCACGAUCAGAAUGUGUAUGAGCUUUCAAAGAAAGUUUGGGGGCAGAGAAAGGAUGAUGAUGAGAGUAAGGUGAGAGCGAGAUCAGUGAAUAAGAAUUCUAAUGGGGUUUUGGUGGAAUGUGGAGGGAGGAGUUUGAAGAGAGGGUACCCUUUCUUGAAGGAUGCUGUGAUGAAGAUGAAGAGUAGCGUGGCAGCAGCAGAGGCGCUUGAGAGAAUUGAUUCUGAAAAGGGGAGGUCUUUGGAGAAGAAGCUUAAGAAGCAAAAGUUGGCAGAGGUGAAGCACGACAUACAUGGGAUGGAUCUGUUGAAGGAGACCGUUAAGUUGGUAAUGGAGAGCCUAGAGAGGGCAAGGGACUGAGUUUGGGAGCUCUCAUGGAAUCAACUUGCACUGCAAGUUGCAUGGUGCAAACUGCAAUGUCUGUAUCUGACCUGUUUAGAUUUUGUGUCCUUUCCGAAUCUCUGAGAUGCAGUUUGCUCUGGUGAUUCGAUGAACUUUUGAAGUUUUAUUCCUUAUGUUUUCCGUCUUGACUCUGUGUUUCUUAGAUUUAGUAGUAUUGUGAAGCUUCUGCAACAAUUAUGGGGUUUGUGUAUACGUAUCGAAAUGUAGAGGAAAUUAUCUCAGCAGCACUUUGUAGCUGAAUUGUCAGUACUUUUCCAUUCUCGCUGUUCAGUACCUUUUUGAAAGAGCCAUGUGGUUUGAAUUAGGGGUGUCUUCAGAAUGUAUUAGUUAAAGCUGUUAUCAUGUCGAUGUCGAGUCUUGUGGAAUUGUUAUGAACUGGUAUGGGUCUGAAUGCGCAGUGGAUGUAUAUGUUCCGUUGUUCAA